AGGUGUUUGAAGAAGCAGAUAUCCUGUCUGACCUGUUGACACCAGAGCUGAACUACAAACUCUGCGUACAUGGCACCCUCAAGUUGACACCAUGGCCCAGAUAUCCAGUGGCAAUGGGUUCAAGCUGGACAUGGCCCAGCCCAAGGGGGUUGUGGGUAAGGAGGAGGCCCUUCGUAUGGAGGCGGAGGCCUUAGCAAAACUACAAAGGGAGAAGAGACAGACGCUCCCGGCGACCACCACCUCCUCCUCUUCCACCUCUUCUUCUUCUGCUUCCUCAAAAAAAAAACUUCCCGCCGCUGCCAGGCCUACUUCCUCCAGCAACCGACCGGAGAAGGACCUCAUUGUCUUCCCAGAGGCCAAGAAGCAUGCAGAGAAGGACAAGUUCCGGGACAUCGACGUCGACAAGCUGACCAACAAGGAGCUUGAGAAGCUCCUGCUGGACGACAGCUUUGGGGCCAACAGCAGCAAGGCCUCACGGCCCUCCUUGCUGCUGGGGUUCAACCUCAGCGCCUCCUACCCGGGGGGCCACGCCACCUGCAGCCCCUCACAUUUGCACAGCGGCCAGUGGAUGCCCUCCUUGCUCUCCACGCCCUCCAGUUCGUGCGUGUUCACGCCCACCCACCAGCAGGCUCCCAUGUUCCCUUCUGCUCCGUUCCCUAAGCCCGAAAACUUCUCCUUCUGCAACGGCUUUUCACCGGCCAUGCCGCCCUACAUGGGCCUGCAUGGCCCGCAGACCUCCUUCAUGGCCUUCACUCCCAUCCAGCAGCCUGGGGCCAUGGUGUUCCAGCAGCCCACCGUCACCCUGGAGAUGGCCAAGCUCUUCGACAAGAUCCACAGCACCUCAGAAUACUUGAAGAACGGCAGGUCGGCCAGCACAGACCUAGAUUCUGCGUCGACCAGCGCCGUGUCCCUGGCGCCCAACCCACCGCCACCUGCCGUGGAAUCCCCCACUGUCAGCCGCUUUGAGUGGCUGGACCUGGACCCACUCAACAAGCGCAAAGCCGAGGGCGAGGAGGGCUCCUCCCCGGCAUCACGCGGUACAUUAAUGGUGGUGGGAGGGGACCCCUGGGAUGCUGUGCUGUUCGACGAGACGGAGGGCGGGGCUGGCGGCAGCAGUCCACCUGUGGAGGUGAAGGGUCAACUCGCAGGUCGCUCUCAUCCCCGGAGGUCGUCGACGGGGGCAGCAGUCACUAGGAACCACACCCUGACCAUCCCGGCGUCCUCGUCCCAGCACAAGCCAAACAAUCAGGUACGUCUAGUAAUCUAACGGUAAAAAAAGAUCAUACAAACUCCCUCCAAAGGAAAUCUGUAUACAACCCCACCACAGCCUAAACAGGCAGUCAUAACACAGCCAAAACAACCAAGUUCUACCGUGGCUCAAAUAAAAAUGGAUUAAAUCGAGAUUUUGGGUCACUGGCCUACACACAAUACCCCAUAAUGUCAAAGUGGAACUAUGUUUUAACGAUUUUUUUUAACAAAUGAAUAAAAAUGAGAAGCUGAAAUGUCUUGAGUCAAUAAGUAUACAACCCCUUUGUUAUGGCAAGCCUAAAUAAGUUCAGGAGUCAAAAUUAGCUUAACAAGUCACAUAAUAAGUUGCAUGGACUCACUCUGUGUGCAAUAAUAGUGUGUAACAUGACUUUUUAAUGACUGCCUCAUCUCUGUACCCCACACAUACAAUUAUCUGUAAGGUCCCUUAGUCGAGCAGUGAAUUUCAAACACAGAUUCAACCACAAAGACCAGGGAGGUUUUCCAAUGCCUCGCAAAGAAGGGCACCUAUUGGUAGAUGGGUAAAAAUAAAAAAGCAGACAUUGAAUAUCCCUUUGUGCAUAGUGAAGUUAUGAAUUACACUUUGGAUGGGGUAUCAAUACACCCAGUCACUACAAAGAUAAAGGUGUCCUUCCUAACUAUUUUGCCGGAGAGGAAGGAAACCGCUCAGGGAUGUCACCAUGAGGCCAAUGGUGACUUUAAACACGCUCUUAUCCAGAGCGACUUACAGGAGCAAUUAGGGUUAAGUGCCUUGCUAAGGGCACACUUACGUCAUUUAGCAACGCCUAUCCAGACACUCACCAAAUGUCUUACACCCUAAGAGUGGUAACCACUUCACAAUUAAGGGGGCGAAACGAAACAGUUUAGGCUCAACUAAAAAUGCAUUAAUCGAGAUUUGUCACUCUAACACACCAUAUGUCAGUGGACAAUCUCACGAUUUUUUGUAACAAUGAUAAACUCGAAGUCCGGCUGUAAUGUCUUGAGUCAUGUUACCAACCCCUUUGUCCAUGGCAAGCCAAAACAGUUUCUGGGCAAAAGCGUUAACAUCAUGCUUCACAGUGAUGGGACCACCGUGGCCAAGAGUGGUAACAUGACUUAAUGACUCCUUUCUGGUACCCACAAUCAAGUACUGUAGCCCUUAGUCCAGUCGCUCAAUUUCACACAGAUCAACCCUAAGACGAGGAGUUUUCCAUGCUCGCAAAGAGAUGGGAUGCAUCAACAACAUUGUAGUUACUCCACAAUACUAACCUAAAUGACAGAGUGAAAAGAAGGAAGCCUGUAUAGAAUAAAAAAUAUUCCAAAACAUGCAUCCUGUUCGCAAUAAGUCACUAAAGUAAAACUGCAAAAAAAAAUAACUUCAUGUCCUGAAUACAAAGCGUUAUGUUUGGGGAAAACACAACACAUCACUGAGUACCGCCCUUCAUAUUUUCAAGCUUGGUGGUGGCUGCAUUAUGUUAUGGGUAUGCUUGUCAUCGGCAAGGACUAAGGAGUUUUUUAGGAUAAAAAUAAACGGAAUAGAGCUAAGCACAGGCAGAAUCCUAGAGGAAGACCUGGUUCAGUUUGCUUUCCAACAGACGCUGGGAGACAAAUUCACCUUUCAGAAGGACAAUAACCUAAAACACAAGGCCAAAUAUACACAGGAGUUGCUUACCAAGACAACAUUGAAUGUUCCUGAGUGGCCUAUUUACAGUUUGAACUUAAAUCUGCUUGAAAUUCUAUGGCAAGACUUGAAAAUGACUGUGAUCAACAACCAAAACAAUAAUGUGCAAAUAUUGUACAGUCCAGGCAUGCAAAGCCCUUGGAGACUUACCCAGAAAGACUCAGAGCUGUAAUCGCUGCCUAAGGUGAUACUAACAUGUAUUGAUUCAGGGGUGUGAAUACUUUGAUUUCUUUAUUUCAUGUUUUAUAAAUGUGCAAACAUUUCAAAAAAAUAUGUUUUCACUUUGUCAUUAUGGGAUAUUGUGUGUAGAUCGGUGAGAAAAAAAAUCGAUUUAAUCCAUUUUGAUUUCAGGCUGUAAUACAACAAAAUGUGGAAUAAGUCAAGGGGUAUGAAUACUUUCUGAAGGCACUGUAUGUAUGUGGACUGUUGAUCAAUGGGUGUUAAAAUUAGAGUGUGCUUAAGUGUUUAUAUAAGGUAGUUCCACGAAAUGAUUCACUUUCGGGUAGUGUAACUUGGUGAAACAGAGUACUGUUUUAUUUCACAAAAUGUUUACAUUCUGUCAUGACGAGCACAUGUUCAACUUAAUAAAAAACAUGUUUUCCUAUCGCAAGAGGUUAAAUAAAUAAAAAUGUCUAUAGUAAGUGCCAAAUAAAUUAAGUGACCAUAACAAGGUUGACAAUUUCAUCUUAAAUCAGCCAUAAAUCUCCUUGUGUCAGUGGGAAUGGAAGCUUGUGUUCAACAGGGACGGCAAUUAAAGGGCCAACUUCACCAAAACAUGUACAUUGUUAAACCAUUUCUAGCCUGUCUAUUUAUGGCUAAUAGGGUUUUGCUCAACCCACUCAGUUUUCCACCACGAAACACCAGCAAAUUGUGGAAAAGAGUAGAACCAGCUCACCUGCGUUUACAUUUUACAUUUUUGUCAUUUAGCAGACGCUCUUAUCCAGAGCGACUUACAGUUAGUGCAUACAUUUUUUUCAACCCCCCCCCCCCCCCCCCCCCCCCCCGUACAAUAUGAUUUGACUAUUAGAUGUUCAAUGUUUCUGAAAAAAAUAUAUGUUUUUACCAAAAAAAGAGUUAAACCAUAUUAAAACGAGAGUUCCAUUUACGUGACAGGGUUUCCGUUAAAAUGUCUUAUGAAAGCAACAAAAUAACGAGGGCUUUACAAUGAUGGUGAAAACUUGCAUACAUCUUGGGGUUAAGUUGGUAAAAAUGUUCAGAUAUGUCCCAGGGAGUGCACAGAAGGAUGUGUCAAAAUGCUGAAUCUUAGCACUUUAUCAAGUCUUUUUAUUAAUAUUAAACAUCUGAUUUAUUGAAUUUUCCAUGUGGUCUAUAUUAAAGGACACUUCAUUUAAUAUAACAGGCUAUUAAAAUCCAAUAUUGGUGCACCAUUUCUACUUAAGAUAUCAAAGGGACGCAAAGGGGACUCGUUUGUGGAACUACCCAGGCCACCUCAGCACGCACCUUCUCUUCUUCCUCCAUUUCAACAGCUUUUCACACCUCUGCGCGGCUCUGCAAAAACAUCUGUCUCAUUAGGUAUAAUUAUCAUGCAAUUAAGACCAAAUUAUAACCAUGUGUCUUCUGCUGCGUUCUGUUCUCUUUCAUACGCUCUGUGUGGUGGUGGAUAGAUAGGCCUACAGAGUGACGGCUCUGUGUGGUGGUGGAUAGAUAGGCCUACAGAGUGACGGCUCUGUGUGGUGGUGGAUAGAUAGGCCUACAGAGUGACGGCUCUGUGUGGUGGUGGAUAGAUAGGCCUACAGAGUGACGGCUCUGUGUGGUGGUGGAUAGAUAGGCCUACAGAGUGACGGCUCUGUGUGGUGGUGGAUAGAUAGGCCUACAGAGUGACGGCUCUGUGUGGUGGUGGAUAGAUAGGCCUACAGAGUGACGGCUCUGUGUGGUGGUGGAUAGAUAGGCCUACAGAGUGACGGCUCUGUGUGGUGGUGGAUAGAUAGGCCUACAGAGUGACGGCUCUGUGUGGUGGUGGAUAGAUAGGCCUACAGAGUGACGGCUCUGUGUGGUGGUGGAUAGAUAGGCCUACAGAGUGACGGCUCUGUGUGGUGGUGGAUAGAUAGGCCUACAGAGUGACGGCUCUGUGUGGUGGUGGAUAGAUAGGCCUACAGAGUGACGGCUCUGUGUGGUGGUGGAUAGAUAGGCCUACAGAGUGACGGCUCUGUGUGGUGGUGGAUAGAUAGGCCCUACAGAGUGACGUAUGGCUACAAGUAAACUCAGUGACUCACAAGUCAAUUAUCUCUGUCUUCUCCACCCCUCACCUUUCACCCUGUUUAGUCACAACAAACAGGAAGUGCCUUGUGGGUAGAAAUUGUAGUUGAGAGCCAGACACCAACGGAAUCCUCUGAAUCAGCUGAUUAAGUCCUAGAUAACAACAACACAACAACAACAACAACCGCAACCUUUGUUGAAAAAUGAGAUUUCUAUAAUGUCACAGUGGAGGUUAGGAGAGAGGAAUCACUAACUUUCUGAUCGAAAGAGGAAGUCAAACUGUAUUUGGUUCACUGGUUCUCCUGACAUAGCUUAUGUUAGAAAGUGUAAACCAGGAAGAAUCAAAUCAAAAUCAAAUUGUAUUUUUUGUAUGCGCCGAAUGCAACAGGUGUAGACUUUACCAUAAAAUGUUACUUACGUGCCCUUUCCCAACAAUGCAGAGUUAAAAAGUAAGCAAAGAAAAUAGAAUAGUAAUACAAUAAAUAACAAUAAUGAGGCUAGAUACAAGGAGUACCAGUACCGAGUCAAUGUGCAGGGGUAUGAGGUAGUUGAGGUAAUAUGUACAUGUAGGUAAGGGUAAAAGUGACUAGGAAAUGAGUAUAGAUAAUAAACAGAGUAACAGCAGCGUACUGUAUGUGGAGUGUGUGAAGUUGUGUGUGUGUGUGUGUGAGCAUGUGGAAGUGUUUAAAACACACCUUUUUAGCUUUGCUUUUCCUUACGGUGUUUUUUUAGUCCUUCAGUUUUAUUGUUAUUAUUUAGUUUUUUAUCUUAUGUUUGUUGUGUAGUAAAGAAAUAUUUCAGUUUUAUUUUCAUUGUUUUUAUUUGUAUUUUCCUGUGAAGCGCGUUGCGUUGCAUUCCAUGUCUGAAAUGUGCUGUAAAAUAACGCUUGAUUUGAUUUGAACUAUACUAACGGGACGUUUUGUUAGUCCCCACAAGGUCAAAUGCUAUUUCUAAGGGGUUUAGGGUUAAGGUAGUAUUAGGGUUAGUUUUAGGGGUUAAGGUUAUGGGUUACCCCACAAUGUUACUUAAACAAGACUGUAUGUGUGUGGGGAGAGUCCAGUGAGUGUUCAUUGGGUCAGUGUAAGAGAGUCAGUGCAAAAAAGGGUCAAUGCAAUAGUCCGGGUAGCCAUUUGAUUAAGAAUAGUGGAAAGGUUGAGGAAAGUACAAUAGACUCAUGUCAAUGGAAGUCUACAGUAUUAGUAAGCCACUAAAAACCUGGGCCAGUGAAGUAGGUACCAUUCUUGGACUGUAUAUACAGGCAGCAAACCAGCACAAGCCUGGGACAAUGAAGUGGUGUACUCUACCAUUUUAAGACCGACCCAAGACAGAGAAGCUGUAAAGCAGUCCGGACCUGACUCAGAACAGUAGGGUGACUAGACCAAAGCCAACCAGAACGGAUGAAUGAUGUGGAUGGUGUGAGUCACAUGGGCCAUACCCAUCCCCUCAGGUUCCUUUCUCCCCCCCCCCCCCCCCCCCCCCCCCAUUAAAAGCUGCUCAGAGGAUGAAUUGGAGAAAACAAAGACAGGCCUGUCUAACUGUACAGCCUGGUGUCUGUCCUGCAGGCUGUGUGUGUGUGUGUGUGUGUGUGUGUGUGUGUGUGUGUGUGAUCAUCUCCGCCUCAUUGGAUUAUCUCUGCGUGUUUGUUUUCGAUGAAAGGAUCGUGUCUCAAAACACAAACACGGCUAAUGCCUCUCACUCUUUUCCUGCCAACUGGAGACCUGGCUAGCUGGGAUCUGUGUACAAGGUCCUCAGAGAGCGAGAGAUUGCCAUCUCUUGCCUGGUGCUGAGACACUGCGCCUACUGAGACACGCUGAUUUGCUGAGAUGCUAUGGGAUCAAGUCCUCAGAGAGAAGAUUGCAUCUCUGCGUGCAGCGCUACUAAAGCUGAUUUGUAAUGUCCAAAACAAAAUGUUAGUUUCUGUAAGAGUUCUCUGUAAAAUGGGUCGUGUUUAUUAGGCCACACAAACAGAAAACGUUUAAACCGCUUUGCAAUGGAAAACGAAAAUGAGCAUUUUCUUAUAGGACAAGUCCAGGUAGUCCCUCCAUAGUUCAGUCCGUUUUCUUCCAUUUGGUGCCUAAUGAACACAACCCUGAUGCCUUUGCUUGUGGAGUGGAGUUUUUAUAGGAACCCCCAAGCUGAACAAAGUAGCUCAUAAAAUAAUGCUACAUCUCCGUCAUUGUCUGUCUCUUUUGUUCUUGCCCCCGAAAAUGACAAACAUACAGAAGGCAGACUGAUAUGUUGCAAUAUAUCAUUAACAUUGUACUUCUCAGGUCAGCAAUUACAAAAAGACACAGUCAUAACAUCCAAUUAACGUAAACAUCUGUAAAGAUGGGACUUUUUCUGAAAAAAUAACUGACAUUACGUUUUUUUUUACAUGAAGUAUGUGUGUGUGUGUGUGUGUAGAUAACGUUUAGAUGGCUGUAUUUUGUAUAAACCUCAGCGUAGGAGGCACUGAAGUGUAGAAUGGUUCAAGAAGUGCAGUUACUUUGACAGUGGUAGCUAUGGUGUGCAGUAUGCACCGAAAAGCUGUGCUCUGUUGGGGAAAAAGAUGACUGAUCGCUUUUCAUCAGUGUACUAGAAAGUACACAUUUGUUUUAAUGUGUUUUUGUUUUCAAAUGUCUGCAACAAGUAACAACACACGGAACAACACACGAAAGGGACUCUGCAUACCAGGCAUUUUUGUAACCCUCCCCAAUUCCCUCAGAGCAGAAUCAAAGUCUUCCUCUGUGUGCAUUGUGAUGUCACUGAAUUCCAACGCCUGUGUGCUUUUCUGCUGAUUCACAGCAGACCAGGAAGAAGAGGCGGGAAUUUAACUUGUAAUUUCCUGUUGCACAGGAAACAUAUUCUUAGCCCCAGCUAGUUAGUCAAAUUAUGAGGCGUUCCUCCUGCCAGUUCCAGGAGGCUUUUUCACUGCAUCCAGGAAUUUCAGAACUCAAAUUUGCUCGAUAGGAUUCAUUGCUUUCAUAUAUCAAAAUGUCUCUUUGUUAUUUGAGCUGCCUGCAUACACCUCACUUACUUAGCAAAAUGCACAGGACUAAACGAAUGAAGCCUCCGUGAGUUUCUAUAAUGUGUAAAUGUACACUCACCGGACAGUUUAUUAGGUACACCCAUCUAGUACCGGGUUGGACCACCCCUCCAGAACAGCCUGAAUUCUACAAGUUGGAAACGUUCCACAGGGAUGUUGGUCCAUGCUGAUGCGAUGGUAUCAUGCAGUUGCUGCUGAUUGGAUGGCAGUACGCCACCGCCACCAGUCUGUACCGUUGACACCAGGCAGGAUGGGUCCAUGGACUCAUGAUGCUUAUGCCAAAUCGUGACUCUGCCGUUAGCAUGGCGCCCACAGGACUGCCGCUGACUGGAUGUUUUUUGUUUGUCGCACCAUUCUCGAUAAACCCUAGACCCAGGAGGGUGACCGUUUCUGAGAUACUGGAACCGGCGCAACAGGCACAGACUGCACUUGAAGAAACUUUCAAAGUUCUUGACAUUUUCCGUAUUGACUUACCUUCAUGUCUUAAAGUAAUGAUGGACUGUCUUUUCUCUUUGCUUAUUUGAGCUGUUCUUGCCAUAAUAUUUACUUUGGUCUUUUACGAAAUAGGGCUAUCUUCUGUAUACCUCCCUACCUUGUCACAACACAACUGAUUGGCUCAAACGCAUUAAGAAGGAAAUCAAUUCCACAAAUUAACUUUUAAGAAGUCACACCUGUUAAUUGAAAUGCAUUCCAGGUGACUACCUCAUGAAGCUGGUUGAGAGAAUGCCAAGAGUGUGCAAAGCUGUCAUCAAGGCAAAGGGUGGCUAUUUGAAGAAUCUCAAAUAUAAAAUAUAUUUUGAUUUGUUUAACACCUUUUUGGUUACUACAUGAUUCCAUAUGUGUUAUUUCAUAGUUUUGAUGUCUUCACUAUUAUUCUACAAUGUAGAAAAUAGUCAAAAUAAAGAAAAACCCUUGAAUGAGUAGAUGUUCUAAAACUUUUGACCGGUAGUGUAUAUACUUCCUCAACUGAGGUUGACCCAUGCACCUACUUUUUCUUGUUUUUGCUCACCAUUUUGUCCCCUAUGUUUUGUCUCAUUGUCUCGCAGCACGAUAACGGAAGUGGGAAAGCACUGACAAAGUACACCGCCCUGGAGGAAAAGGAAGCCCAGAACCUAGAAGUUAUAGCCUUCUGUGAAGACGUAGCAAUGUAAGCCAUUUGUGUGUGUGUGUGUGUGUCUGAGUACACAUUUGUACUGUGUGAGCGUACGCAAAGGAGUGUGCGUGCGCACAGUACUGUGAGUGUGUAUUGUAAUUGCAUGUUUGUGUGACAGGGUGUGCAGCCUCACUCCAGUACUCUGGGUGGAGUGAUGAUGUAGCUUUGCUCUGGAAAUCGCUCUCCGGCAAAAAAUCUUCACAAAUAUCGCCAAAGCAGAAGAGUUUUAGAAUAACUUUAGAUCCCAUAAGGAAGUACAGGGGGGGAAGUUAAGUAGGAGAAUUAAUCACAGGAACUUAGUCAAUCCGUUAUCUACUAGUUUAUGCAUGUAUAAUAGGCCAGCAAACUGCCAGAUUUGCAAACUAAGGUAAUAAAAAGUAGAGAAUCAAUUAUAUGAAGUUUAUGAACUGUAAAGGUGACGUACUGAAUUUCAAUUGGCUGAUUUUUGUUUUUUUAGACUGAGGUCAAAGUUCGCCCACGAUGACCUCCACACCAACCCGGGGUACGUGCUGAGCGCGGUGAUCCCCCAGAGGGACGGGGGAGGGGACAACGGCUGCAGCGUCAAGGUGUCCAUCGAGAUUUCUGAGUCCCAGGAGCCUGUCACCUUCACCUGCGACUGUAAGGACAUGUCACAACACCCUUACUAGGUUUGCUAAAUUCUGAAAUCUCGGUUGGAGAAUUCCAGAAUUCAGGAGCGAACACAUAGAGACAAUCCUCCAAAUGGGAUUUCUAGAUAACCGAGGGAUUUUGGGAAACUUUCUUAAAUGUUGCAACCCUAACCCAGACAGAGGUGCUUAGUGUCCCCAACCCUGGACCUUGGGUGUGCAAGCUGGGUGGUAAGACACCUUUAUAACCAUAAACGUAGGUUAUUACAACAUGCAAUGACAUCAAGGGGCCUCUUUAGAAUGGAGCUCUUCUAGGUCUAAUUAACCCAACUACAAAAAAAAAUCAAAAAAAUCUGAGGCAUUUCCCCUUUAAGACAGAGCGCUUCAGAUUACAGAUAAGAAUACUGGGCCAGAGGUCCAAAGGAGGAAACAGCAUUCAGGACAGCCAGUUUUUUGUUUUUGUGGAAAAACGCCACGUUCCCCCUCCCCACAAAUAAAAGGUUGUUCCACUGCCCUGGAGCAACUAUGUCGGCCAAAGGGCUUCUCUAGAUUAUGUUCACUCAUUUGCCCACUGGGCUUUUGGUUCGAUCUCUGGGGGUGUGUUGUCAUUGGCUGACCCCAGGUUCGUAGCUCCUCCCCUGGAUCCACCCUUCCAAUGCCAGUCACUGAUCUCUCUUGGCCCCCUGUGACCAAGUUCUCUAAUGGAGUCUGCCCUGAACUCCCUGGGUCCUGGCAGCGAAUCAACACCAGCCUUUUGUGUGAUAAUAUAUGAUGGCUGUGUCUGCAUUCCAUCUGUCCUAAAAAAAAAGUUGCGCCAAGCAAACUGGUAUCCCUUGCUCUUUCCUGUGUGUGUGCGGCCAGUCCCACUGACCCAGUCUCUCUGUAACCACACCAACUGGUCAUGUUGCCUCUUCUUUCUCCUGUACUGUACAGCCAGGCCUGAUUCGCUGUACAGGACAGAUUCCCCUGAUUGGCCACAAUGGAAAAGCCAAGGUUGUAUAUCGGCACACAGAAACAAUAGCCUUCAGUUCUCUCUCUUCUAGGAGGAGGGAGGUGUGCGGGGGGAAGGAGAGCAGGCUGAAAAGAAAAAAAGAAUCUUUCCCUCUUUCUCUUUCUUGUGUAAUCUGUUGCGUUCCUCCCUCCGUCGUCAGGCAGGCCCCUCUGUUCCACUUCCACCGGCGUUCCACCAGCUUCCUAAAUGUGGCGCGUGGAACAAUCUACCGGGGGAAGAAAACACAUUCCCAGAUGACUCUUUCCCCAACUGCUACUGUUACAGCUUCUCUGCUCGUCUCUGACACUCUUACUGUAUUUAACAGCCAGUCAGAGCUGAGCUGGCUUCUGUUACUGUAUUUAACAGCCAGUCAGAGCUGAGCUGGCUUCUGUUACUGUAUUUAACAGCCAGUCAGAGCUGAGCUGGCUUCUGUUACUGUAUUUAACAGCCAGUCAGAGCUGAGCGUGGGCUUCUGUUACGUAUUUAUACAGCCGUCAAGCUGAGCUGGCUUCUGUUCACUGUAUUUUAAAAACCUACGCAGUCAGAUCUGAUCUGGGCUUCUGUUAUUGGUAUUUAAAUCAGCAGCCAGUCAGAGCUGAGCUGGCUUCUGUUACUGUAUUUAACAAGCAGCCGUCAAGCUGAGCUGGCUUCUGUUACUGUAUUUAACAGCAGCCAGUCAGAGCUGAGCUGGCUUCUGUUACUGUAUUUAACAGCAGCCAGUCAGAGCUGAGCUGGCUUCUGUUACUGUAUUUAACAGCAGCCAGUCAGAGCUGAGCUGGCUUCUGUUACUGUAUUUAACAGCAGCCAGUCAGAGCUGAGCUGGCUUCUGUUACUGUAUUUAACAGCAGCCAGUCAGAGCUGAGCUGGCUUCUGUUACUGUAUUUAACAGCCAGUCAGAGCUGAGCUGGCUUCUGUUACUGUAUUUAACAGCCAGUCAGAGCUGAGCUUGGCUUCUGUUACUGUAUUUAAACAGCCAGUCAGAGCUGAGCUGGCUUCUGUUACUGUAUUUAACAGCCAGUCAGAGCUGAGCUGGCUGCUGUUACUGUAUUUAACAGCAGCCAGUCAGAGCUGGAUUCUUUUCCUGGGGAGAAAAUGAACGAUUAGUUCUUUCUUAGGCUAGAAUCUUAAAUUGCAAGAUUUAGGUUAGAUAUUCCUUGCAUACCUUGGCGUGGGGAGAGAGGAAACCCGGGGAACUGGCAGAGGUGGAUGUCUGGUGGCUUUGAGAUGACUCCUCGUUUUUAACUGUCUGCUGCAAUUCUCUGAUCUGAAAUGCCCCGCUCUCUCUGUCUUUUGAUCUCUCUUGCCAUCAUACUCUCUCUCUCACUGUCUUGCUUUCAAUUAUGUUCUCUCUCUUGCUAUGUUGCUCUCUUUUUUCUCUUUAAGUGCCUUUUGAAAUCUGAUGAAGAAGUAGACCGUAAAAAGCAGAAAUGGAGUUGUUUACGUUCCCUGUAUUGAUGAUGAGAAAUGCAGUUGUUCCUGUCCCCGUUGGUGCUGAGGUAAUAAAUCUGGGUUCUGCUUUGCCCUGGCAGGAUCGCCCAGGACCUGGCCCCUUCCUGACGGCUAAUUGGAUGUGAGCCCUCUAUUGAUGUCACUCAUUGGCUGGGUAUUCAAGUGCUAGCUAGCAAGUUGCUAGCAUCCCGCUGUGUUUCGAGACUAGUAUUGUAAUCAUAGACACCAGUCCUUCUCCUGCUUUAGACCAGCCCCAGCCCCCAAACACCUACAUUGGUGUGCAUGUGUGACCGCGCAAGUUGCAAACAUUCCAGCACCAUGUGUGAGUUCGUAGCGACACGCAACAGAGGGCUUUUUUUCAACACACAACGUCCGGAAUGCCAGCCUGGUCCCAGACCUGUUUCUGCUGUCUUGCGUCCUCCCGUGAUCAUAGGAGUCAAGGCAGCACAAACAGAUCUGGGAACAGGCUGGCAUUCCGGAGGUUGUGUGUUGAAAAAAAGGUUGUUGACCAGUUAGCCUCCCAAGGAUCCCUAGAAACCCACUUCGCAGCACCCACCCACUACCAAGACGUGACCAAUCAUAACACUCUCUGUCAGAAUUCAAAAACACAGGCCUAAAUGCACCAAUAGGCCCUCUAGUAUUGGUUCCUUAAUACUAAGUCCAUUCCAUUCCUCUGUAGGGUGUGGGGUUGUUAUUGUUGGAGAGCCCGGGGUGGUCUGUGUGUGUGUGCUGGCAUCAAACAGAGGAGAAACCAAGAACCCCCCCUCUAGAAGUGGCAGAUAGAACAAUCUGUUUUGUGUCAGGUUACACAUGCAUACUCAGUCACACACACACAUUUCAUUCUCCGCCAAAUAUUUCCUAGGAGACAUGCUCAUGUACACAAACAUGAGGCUUUUCCAAUAACACAGUAUCGUAAUGCAUCCUGAGAUCAUUCACUGGAUUAGUUUUAAUUCGAUUAAGAUAGGGGAGAUCAAAUUAGCCUGGUCUCAGAUCUGUUUGUCUAUCUUGCCAACUCCUAUACACUCAUUGUCACACCAGUGACGGCACAUACAGAUCUCGGACCAGGUUAACUAUGAAUAUAGUUUGACUUGAACCACCCACACUGUAAUCCGUCCGAGAGGACUUUCACGAUAUUGUUUUAUAAAACCGCUCUCUGGUCAAAUUAUUGACUCCUCUUUUUCCAUGAGUGAUCGUUUCUGACAAUUCCAUUGAAAUCAUCACUUAUUGGGUGGAUCAGAAGAUCUUGAUUCCUCGUUUAGUGAAACUCUGGCUGCUUCCCUCCUACCUGUGGCUAGAGGUGGACAAACAGCACCUUGCUUUAUGCUUUAUUAGUGUGGGGGUGUCCUUGUGUUCACCUGUCCAAUCAUGUCUAAUCAGUGAUUACUUCAAGGAAGGGAUUUUAAGGAAUUUGAACAGGGGACUUUGUAUGCCAUUGUGCUUGCUUUAACCCCCCCCCCCCCUCUCUCUCUCUCUCUCUCUCUCUCUCUCUCCCUCCCUCUCUUCCCCCCCUUCCUCCUCCUUCCUUAGUGAGUUCUCCUGUAGAGCUCCUCAUCAUGCAAGCUCUGUGUUGGGUCCACGACGACCUCAACCAGGUGGACAUUGGCAGCUACGUCCUUAAGGUCUGCGGCCAAGAGGAGGUGCUGCAAAAGUGAGUUGUGCGCGAAGUCUCACACACACGCAAAUGUAAAACCCUGGCCUCCACAUUUCCCACAAUCCUACACACACAAAAACACACACACUGGCACCCCCCCCCCCCAACACCUGCCUCUAAGCUUCUUCUCACCCUGGCAGAGAGGGAGAGGAGAAGAGGAGCGAGAUAAAAACCCAAAAAAGAAUAUCACUGCCAACAUUCCUCAAGCAGGGAGCUAUUUUUCUUUAAUUGUGUUAGAAUUUUUUUUCCUUUUGGCCAUUUUGCCGGUUCUGUUGCAAAAGCAACAGUCGUGAGGGCAGGGGAUGCUUUUACUAAUUAAGAACAGAGGGAUUGAGCAAAAGCAGGUUUUCUUUUAAAGACUUCUUCGGCAUGAAUUCUUUUAAGUGCACAGGUUGACCCAUAACCCGCAGUCCCACCGCGGGUCGGGUGGGUUUAGGGUCAUGAAAUAUUGUGUGGAUGAAGGGCGGGUGGGUGACGGGCGGGUGGAAUAAAGAGAAAAGUAUGUAUUAUAAAUGUGUAAUUAUUUUGCAAUUCGUAUCUAGGCUACAUUGAGGUUUUUAUUUCAUUAUUUUUAUCUAGCGUUAGUGCGUAAGCCUAAGCUUUAGGGCCUAACUGUACGCGCGCCAAAUACACGCCAAGUGCUUUUGGGAACUUAAGCAGAAAAUGUUGACUUCGAUCCACUGAGGAAAAAAGGACAAUGUUGGGAGUUUAAUUCAAUAAGAAAAAACUGUGGAAUGGAGAGUUGAAAAUAAAGAGAAGGGAGGUCCAGAACAGUCUAAUGUUUGGGAAAGAUGUUAUGUGUGGUGAUUGUGAGGUGCUAUACAAAUUCGACAUUCACAAGACGGGGACUUCAAAUAUGGCACGUCAAGGGAACUGUACUGUUCAGACGGGUUAAAUGGAAUAGUAACUGAAAUCUGGACACUGACUAUAGGUCUAUAACCUCUCACAUAGCCUAAUUAUAUUAACUCUUUCAGCAUUAAGCAGUUUUUUUCAGUAAAAUGAUACACCAAAUGUAAAUUUUCACGUGGAGAAAUAUGAUUUAUUUGUUUCAGCAUCUUGAGAGAAUGAAUGCGUGGUUAGGGACCAUUUGUAAAGGUGCUAUCUUUAUCAGCAUCAUAAAAGCUGAUUUUAGUAUUUCAACCACAAAUAUGCAUCCAAGACGAACUGAAAUCUCAUCAGAAACAUGUUGGGUCAUUUUCACAGCUUUUAAUUCCCUUAAAACCGGUCAAACUGAUGUCGUUUGGAUGGAAAAUCUUUUCAAUUUCUUUGUUUUUUGUUAUUGCAUUUUCUCCACGGUCCUUCAACAUCUUUGCUGCAAGAGAGAAGAGAUGAAAAAGAACGUUUCCAAUGUCAACUAGGUUAAAGCAUUCAUUCUAUUGGUAUACAGUGGGGAAAAAAAGUAUUUAGUCAGCCACCAAUUGUGCAAGUUCUCCCACUUAAAAAGAUGAGAGAGGCCUGUAAUUUUCAUCAUAGGUACACGUCAACUAUGACAGACAAAUUGAGCGGAAAAAAUCCAGAAAAUCACAUUGUAGGAUUUUUAAUGAAUUUAUUUGCAAAUUAUGGUGGAAAAUAAGUAUUUGGUCACCUACAAACAAGCAAGAUUUCUGGCUCUCACAGACCUGUAACUUCUUCUUUAAGAGGCUCCUCUGUCCUCCACUCGUUACCUGUAUUAAUGGCACCUGUUUGAACUUGUUAUCAGUAUAAAAGACACCUGUCCACAACCUCAAACAGUCACACUCCAAACUCCACUAUGGCCAAGACCAAAGAGCUGUCAAAGGACACCAGAAACAAAAUUGUAGACCUGCACCAGGCUGGGAAGACUGAAUCUGCAAUAGGUAAGCAGCUUGGUUUGAAGAAAUCAACUGUGGGAGCAAUUAUUAGGAAAUGGAAGACAUACAAAACCACUGAUAAUCUCCCUCGAUCUGGGGCUCCACGCAAGAUCUCACCCCGUGGGGUCAAAAUGAUCAUAAGAACGGUGAGCAAACAUCCCAGAACCACACGGGGGGACCUAGUGAAUCACCUGCAGAGAGCUGGGACCAAAGUAACAAAGCCUACCAUCAGUAACACACUACGCCGCCAGGGACUCAAAUCCUGCAGUGCAAGACGUGUCCCCCUGCUUAAGCCAGUACAUGUCCAGGCCCGUCUGAAGUUUGCUAGAGUGCAUUUGGAUGAUCCAGAAGAGGAUUGGGAGAAUGUCAUAUGGUCAGAUCAAACCAAAAUAUAAUUUUUUGGUAAAAACUCAACUCGUCGUGUUUGGAGGACAAAGAAUGCUGAGUUGCAUCCAAAGAACACCAUACCUACUGUGAAGCAUGGGAGUGUAAACAUCAUGCUUUGGGGCUGUUUUUCUGCAAAGGGACCAGGACGACUGAUCCGUGUAAAGGAAAGAAUGAAUGGGGCCAUGUAUCGUGAGAUUUUGAGUGAAAACCUCCUUCCAUCAGCAAGGGCAUUGAAGAUGAAACGUGGCUGGGUCUUUCAGCAUGACAAUGAUCCCAAACACACCGCCCGGGCAACGAAGGAGUGGCUUCGUAAGAAGCAUUUCAAGGUCCUGGAGUGGCCUAGCCAGUCUCCAGAUCUCAACCCCAUAGAAAAUCUUUGGAGGGAGUUGAAAGUCCGUGUUGCCCAGCGACAGCCCCAAAACAUCACUGCUCUAGAGGAGAUCUGCAUGGAGGAAUGGGCCAAAAUACCAGCAACAGUGUGUGAAAACCUUGUGAAGACUUACAGAAAACGUUUGACCUGUGUCAUUGCCAACAAAGGGUAUAUAACAAAGUAUUGAGACACUUUUGUUAUUGACCAAAUACUUAUUUUCCACCAUAAUUUGCAAAUAAAUUCAUUAAAAAUCCUACAAUGUGAUUUUCUGGAUUUUUUUCCCUCAUUUUGUCUGUCAUAGUUGACGUGUACCUAUGAUGAAAAUUACAGGCCUCUCUCAUCUUUUUAAGUGGGAGAACUUGCACAAUUGGUGGCUGACUAAAUACUUUUUUUCCCCCACUGUAGCCACUCCUCUACAGUGGGUAAAAAAAGUAUUUAGUCAGCCACCAAUUGUGCAAGUUCUCCCACUUAAAAAGAUGAGAGAGGCCUGUAAUUUUCAUCAUAGGUACACGUCAACUAUGACAGACAAAUUGAGAAUUUUUUUUCCAGAAAAUCACUAGGAUUUUUUAAUGAAUUUAUUUGCAAAUUUAUGGUGGAAAAUAAGUAUUUGGUCACCUACAAACAAGCAAGACUUCUGGCUCUCACAGACCUGUAACUUCUUCAAGAGGCUCCUCUGUCCUCCACUCGUUACCUGUAUUAAUGGCACCUGUUUGAACUUGUUAUCAGUAUAAAAGACACCUGUCCACAACCUCAAACAGUCACACUCCAAACUCCACUAUGGCCAAGACCAAAGAGCUGUCAAAGGACACCAGAAACAAAAUUGUAGACCUGCACCAGGCUGGGAAGACUGAAUCUGCAAUAGGUAAGCAGCUUGGUUUGAAGAAAUCAACUGUGGGAGCAAUUAUUAGGAAAUGGAAGACAUACAAGACCACUGAUAAUCUCCCUCGAUCUGGGGCUCCACGCAAGAUCUCACCCCGUGGGGUCAAAAUGAUCACAAGAACGGUGAGCAAAAAUCCCAGAACCACACGGGGGGACCUAGUGAAUCACCUGCAGAGAGCUGGGACCAAAGUAACAAAGCCUACCAUCAGUAACACACUACGCCGCCAGGGACUCAAAUCCUGCAGUGCCAGACGUGUCCCCCUGCUUAAGCCAGUACAUGUCCAGGCCCGUCUGAAGAUUGCUAGAGUGCAUUUGGAUGAUCCAGAAGAGGAUUGGGAGAAUGUCAUAUGGUCAGAUGAAACCAAAAUAGAACGUUUUGGUAAAAACUCAACUCGUCGUGUUUGGAGGACAAAGAAUGCUGAGUUGCAUCCAAAGAACACCAUACCUACUGUGAAGCAUGGGGGUGGAAACAUCAUGCUUUGGGGCUGUUUUUCUGCAAAGGGACCAGGACGACUGAUCCGUGUAAAGGAAAGAAUGAAUGGGGCCAUGUAUCGUGAGAUUUUGAGUGAAAACCUCCUUCCAUCAGCAAGGGCAUUGAAGAUGAAACGUGGCUGGGUCUUUCAGCAUGACAAUGAUCCCAAACACACCGCCCGGGCAACGAAGGAGUGGCUUCGUAAGAAGCAUUUCAAGGUCCUGGAGUGGCCUAGCCAGUCUCCAGAUCUCAACCCCAUAGAAAAUCUUUGGAGGGAGUUGAAAGUCCGUGUUGCCCAGCGACAGCCCCAAAACAUCACUGCUCUAGAGGAGAUCUGCAUGGACGAAUGGGCCAAAAUACCAGCAACAGUGUGUGAAAACCUUGUGAAGACUUACAGAAAACGUUUGAUCUGUGUCAUUGCCAACAAAGGGUAUAUAACAAAGUAUUGAGUAACUUUUGUUAUUGACCAAAUACUUGUUUUCCACCAUAAUUUGCAAAUAAAAUCAUUAAAAAUCCUACAAUGUGAUUUAGUUGACGUGUACCUAUGAUGAAAAUUACAGGCCUCUCUCAUCUUUUUAAGUGGGAGAACUUGCACAAUUGGUGGCUGACUAAAUACUUUUUUUCCCCCACUGUAUGUCAUAUCUUUAAUCUGAGCCUAGAGGAAAGUCUUUGUCCUCAGGCCUGGAGGGAAGCCAAAGUAAUUCCGCUACCCAAGAAUGGUAAAGCGGCCUUUACUGGUUCUAACAUCAGACCUAUAAGCUUGCUGCCAGCUCUUAGCAAACUGUUGGAAAAAAUAGUGUUUGACCAAAUACAAUGCUAUUUCUCUGUAAACAAAUUAACAACAGACUUUCAGCAUGCUUAUAGGGAAGGGCACUCAACAUGUACUGCACUGAGACAAAUGACUGAUGAUUGGUUGAAAGAAAUUGAUAAUAAGAAGAUUGUGAGAGCUGUACUGUUAGAUUUCAGUGCAGCCUUUGAUAUUAUUGACCGUAACCUGUUGUUGAAAAAACGUAUGUGUUAUGGCUUUUCAACCUCAGCUCUGAAUCCACGAUAUGGCAAUCUAUCUAAUAGACGGGUUUUCUUUAAUGGAAGCUUCUCUAAUGUCAAACAUGUAAAGUGUGGUGUACCACAGGGCAGCUCUCUAGGCCCUCUACUCUUUUCUAUUUUUACCAAUGACCUGCCAAUGGCAUUAAACAAAGCAUGUGUGUCCAUGUAUGCUGAGGAUUCAACCAUAUACGCAUCAUCAACCACAGCUAAUGAAGUCACUGAAACCCUUAACAAAGAGUUGUUGUCUGUUCUGGAAUGGGUGGCCAGUAAUAAACUGUUCCUAAACAACCCUAAAACUAAGAGUAUUGUAUUUGGUACAAAUCAUUUCCUAAAUUCUAGACCUCAGCAGAAUCUGGUAAUGAAUGGUGUGGCUGUUGAACAAGUUGAGGAGACUAAAUUACUUGGCGUUACCUUAGUUUACAAUCAUGGUCAAAACAUAUAGAUUCACUGGUUGUAAAGAUGGGGAGAGGUCUAUCCGUAAUAAAGAGAUGCUCUGCUUUUUUGACACCGCACUCCAAAAAGCAAUUUCUGCAGGCUAUAGUUUUAUCUUAUCUUGAUUAUUGUCCCGUCAUAUGGUCAAGUGCUGCAAAGAAAGACCUAGUUAAGCUGCAGCUGGCCCAAAACAGAGCGGCACAUCUUACUCUUCAUUGUAAUCAGAGGGCUGAUAUAAAUACUAUGCAUGCCAGUCUCUUGGCUAAGAGUUGAGGAAAGACUGACUGCAUCACUUCUUAUUUUAAUAAGAAAAUCCCAAAUUGUUUGCAUAGUCAACUUACACACAGCUCUGACACACACACUUACCCCACCAGACAUGUCACCAGGGGUCUUUUCACAGUCCCCAAAUCCAGAACAAAUUCAAGAAAGCAUACAGUAUUAUAUAGAGCCAUUAUUGCAUGGAACUCCGUUCCAUCUCAUAUUGCUUGAAUAAACAGCAAACCUGGUUGCAAAAAACAGAUAAAGCAACAACACACGGCACAACUCCUCUCCCCUAUUUGACCUAGAUAGUUUGUGUGUAUGUAUUGAUAUGUAGGCUACGUGUGCCUUUAAUUUUUUUUUAUGUAGAUCUGUCCUUGAACUGUUCUUGUCUAUUAAUGUUCUGUAUUAUGUCAUGUUUCGUGUUUUGUGAGGACCCCAGGAAGAGUAGCUGCUGCUUUUGCAACAGCUAAUGGGGAUCCUAAUCAAAUACAGAAAAAUACCACAAAUACAUAUUUUCUAGUGAGCAACAGUUUAUUUAGUAUUCUAGGGUAACAAGUAAGACAGAAGAGAAGCUGCAUGUAUCUAAUUAUAGACAAGUUGACUAACAAAUAGCCUACCAAAGUGUCAAAUUAUUAGCAGAAAAAUAGGCAUAUCUAAAUUAGGCUUUAAAAAAAAUCCUACACCCCUGACCAAAAAUAGUUCCGGCAUCUCUGACUGUACAUCACAUGUUCUAUAUUAGCGGGUUAGGGUCGGGUGCGGGCCUCAGAUUUUCACUUUAUCACAUAUAGUCAGGCAGUUGCGGAUGGGUUAUUAAUGAUUGCGUGCGGGUGAACAAAUAGCUGACCCAUGUCGCAUGUGUGUGUCUGUCUUUCUGUGUGUGUGUGUGUGUGUGUGUGUGUGUGUGUGUGUGUUACGUGCGUGCAUGCAUGGUUCAGUUUCGCUUUGUGUCUCGCUACAAAUUCCCCAGUGUGUUUAUCUGCACUCUCCCGGCCUUGUAUGGUCUUGGCAAGCCCUCAGAAGGUCCUGGAAUUAGACUCGGAAAUGGAUGUUUCCAUUGCUCCCUGCCCCCGCUAAACAUAGCAUCUCUCUCAGGUCAGGUCUCGCUCUUUAGAUUCAUUGGAACUCUUUAACUUUAAGUGGGUGUUAAGUGUUUAGUUCUAAGUUAAACUUGGGUUUAAUAUCCUCGUGUACACCAACGACCUCAACCGAUAAAUCUGAAUUACUAUGGCCUAGUUCCAUUUGGCCUAGUUCCUCACCAUUGAACACCAUUGAUUUGAAAGGACUGGUUAGAUUAGGUGGAAGGCUAGUUAGAGCCACCACCAUAUUGCUGACUCGUCCUUUUUCCCAUCGUUUGAGAUCUAUGAACACCAAAAGGAUAGGUGGUAAGGGCAAGGGACUAAGUGCUGAAAUGUAAUUGGGCUCAUUCCUCACAAUGCUCCAAGGAUAAGUCUAUAACUGCUGGGUGCAACGGGAAACGUUUGAAAACUUCUUGAAAUAAAAACAACCUUGUGCAUUUCCUAUUGGACCAAGUCCAGGUUGUCCCUUUGUUUCCUUCCGUUUGGUACCUAAUGAACAAGACCCUGAUAUCAUAUUUGACCUUUGACCUUCCUGUGUCCUCUCCAUAGUAAGCACAGCCUGGGCAGCCACGAGUACAUACAGAACUGCAGGAAGUGGGAGGCAGAGAUCAAGCUCCAGCUGCUCUCCCAGAGCACCAUGAGAAGGGAUCUGGCGCGUACGGUAAGACCCAAACCAUCCAUCAACCAACCUACCAAUCAGUGAUGUAGCACUUUGAUGUGUGUUUGGUGCUCAACAGUAGCAUAAGACCAGCUAAAGGUCAGGCCUGGAGGAAAGUUAAUGAAAUAGACAAGACAGACGUCCAGAAAGACAAACUUCAGACAGGCAGACUUGCGGAGAGGCAGGCAGACUUGCGGAGAGGCAGGCAGACUUGCGGAGAGGCAGGCAGACUUGCGGAGAGGCAGGCAGACUAGCAGACAGACUGACUGAAUAGCAGUCUGACUGGCAGGCAGGCUUAAAGUCAGGCUGGCUAUCAUAAAUACCUAAUUAAAGCAAACAUUAAAGAAAUACUGGCCUUGGCGAUAUUGGUAAGACUGAAACACAUGCCAUUUGAAACCUAGCAGUGUCAGGCCUGUAAGUUCAAGGUUCUUCCCAUACUCUUCAAAAGCGUGUACACUUCAACAAUGAUGUAAUUCACAGUAAGAUGCAAUCAUACUAAGACCUCGCAUCAAAAGCUUGACAAACUGCACUCCAGAAAUGAGCAGACAUUGAAACCCUAGUGUGAUUUGAGGGAGGCCGCAGUGAGAUCUCAUGGUUUGUUGUGCACGCAGGCGGAAGACAACACCGCUCAAGUGGACUUGGAGAGGCACAUGGGCCAAGUGGAGAGGCCGUUCAAGGAGAACGUCACCAGGUAGGAACAUACCUUUCUUUCUGCUUCUUAUCACAUAAUCUUAUCCAUUGUCUGGAGCCAAAUAUGGCUGUCUGGAAUUCCCAAUAACGGCUGACUGAGAUUUCUGUGAUUGGUUCAUUCUCUCUCUCUCCCUAGACAAGGCCUGUCCGACUAUCUGGAAGGCUAUCACAAUCAAGUCAACAUCUGCCUGCAGAAUGAGGUAGCUUAUGAAGUUAAUUCACAUCUUUGACGCUGCACUGAAGGCCCUAAACGUUUCUGUGAUCUCAGACGUGUGGUGGUUGUGGUGUAAAAUUGCUAUCAGGCGUUGAAUAGGACUUGUGCAUUGUGUGGAUAGUUCACACAUGAUUGCGACAGGCCUAUAAAUUCCGGGAUGACAUAUGCUCUAGAAAUGGCACAUCUGUUUCAAGAAUGAAAAUGUAUGCACUCACUAACUGUAAGUGGCUCUGGAUAAGAGCGUCUGCUAAAUUACUAAAAUGUAAAUGUAAAAGAAUCACUUGAAUUGUUGAGUAACUGAACAGAGAUUGAACACACACACACACACACUAAACAAAGACUUUGUUCCACCUCAGAGCACCCAGUAUAAGACUGUGGAUCGGGUGGUGCAGACAGUGAAGAACCUCUGCUGUGCCCUGGACGAGGUGGAGACGCAGGCCAUCACAGAAGCAGUGAAAGGGGUUAAGCGCUCCGUCAACCUCCCCAGGACACGUUCGCCAGAGGUGGGUCCAAUGAUGUAUAACCAUCCAUAAGAAUAUAUAAAUGUAUGUCUGUUGGUUGGUCACGUCACUACUACCGAUGUCUAAUAGCUGUCAGACAUACACAUCUGUCUUUGAACUGCAGUGAUAGGGCGUAGGAUAGUUUAACAGGGGCUGGAAUUCAGUCAUAAUAUCUGUGUACUUUUUUAUUUCAGGUGGGCUCCAAAUCCUCAGGUGGCUCGGCAAAUGGUGAGUGCUACAACAACCAGUCACAAUUUUUCACACACAUUAAAAGUUUGACUCAGCAAUAUGACUUUGAUCAGUCCAUAUUCACACACAGUGGGGCAAUUCCUGCUUACAGAAAUCAACAACAAAAAGAGUUCAAAUCCUUUGAGCUAACAUAACCCUCUGACCCAUCCAGGUCACCUCAGCCCCGUGGAGGAGAGCAUGGGCUUCCUGACGGACGCAGUCUACGACCUGGCCAAGCUCUACUUGCGCUCCUUCUGCCCCGCCGCCUCCUCCUCCUCCUCUACCCCUUCCCCUGACCCCUCCUCCAACUCCCAGCAUGCCGAGGGGGAGUCUGCUGCGGAGGGGCGUGGCAGCAAGGAGGCCUCGGGCACCACGGACCAUCUGCAGUUCACCCUGUUCGCCAUGCACGGCAUCCCUGCCGCCUGGGUCAGCAGGUGCGUGUACCCCCAGUUCAAUAUAACAAACUAGUACCAUUUUACGUUUUCUUGAUUGCAGUAAGGAAGACACCUGAGACUAUAGUUUCCACCUUUAAGAAGGACUUGGCCCCAGAACUGAUACUCUUGUUGUCUUGCUCCGCCGUUGCUUCUCUCAGCAUCUUAGUUUCCGUCACAGUAUCCAAUUCCAGCAUGGCUUUAAUCUAUUUAUGGUGUCUUUCUGUCUGGAAUAGACUUGAGUCAACCUUUCCAUUCAGUGAGCACAAUCUUGCACAGCAAUGGGGACUUGGGGAGUGGCACAUUUUGUGACUGUCUCACUCCAGGGUUGUGUUCAAUAUGGUUCACAACAGAAAGCGUUUUAAAAUGUUUUGCAACAGAAAACAAAAUGAGCGUUUCUUGUUGGACAAGGCCAGGUAGUACCUCCCUGUUUCAGUCAAUUUUUUUUGCGUUUGGUGCCUAAUGAAAACAAUCCAGGCUUGAUGGAAGGGAAGUCCAAAAUGCCACUGUAAAACGCGGUCCAGGACCCAAUUAUUUUUAUGGUUGGCUGACGACUGCUUCAAAAAGAGAGGAACUGGUUAAAAACAGGCUGUUUCUUUCUGCCCGUCAUCCGUAAGGCCUCGUCCAAGAGCUAUUUUUAGGAGAUAUGGAAAACAUUUUUGAGCACCAUACCAAAGGAGUGCUGAAAAUAUUUAUCCCAUAACACGAGGCCAGAAGUGCUCCCCGAAAAUGUUUAGUCCCGAACAAAAAAGCUACUCUGUGUUCCAAAAUUAUGGCAUGGCUGGAAUCGUCCCUCAUCAUGGUUUGAGUGCUUUGCUCUGUUGUAUCUAGCAUCCUAUGACAAACACACACGCAACACACACAUGCAAACACACACACACCAUCUGUAGGCACAGUGAUUCAGCGAUGCAUCAUGUCACCAGCAACAGUGGAGGCGUGCAUACCAUGCUGUGUUGAAGCACAAGACGGAUGGCAUUGAGCAAUAAGAAAUAUUUUGGAAUCCCAAAUGAUUCACUGCCUGGUAUUCUCAUAGUUUGUGCUCAUAAAAUGCAAUGUUUUUCGUAAUGUGAAAAAAUUUGAACUGUAUUAAUAAGAGGAGCCAACUUAACAAAAUCUGCAUUUGAUAAAUGGUUUUGCGAGCUCUGUUAGUGAUAUCAAAGUGCUCUAUUCAAGAAUGCACUAGUGUGGCAUUAUUAGGUACAGAGGACGACUGUGUUUGUUAUGGACGAGUUGAAUCGUGGCUAUUCUCUCUGUAUACAAAGAUGGGAUAUUAACUUGUUCAUUCAUAAUUUGUUCAUUUCCUCCUCUCCUCCCUUCCCUUCCUCCCUUCCUUCGCAGCUAUGAGAAGUACUACCUGAUGUGUGCUCUGACUCACAACGGCAGGAACCUGUUCAAGCCCAUCCAGUCCAAGAAAGUGGGCACCUACAAGAGCUUCUUCUACCACAUCAAAUGGGACGAACUGUACGCAACUACUCUCUAUCCCUAGAAAUACAAUAUAAUAGCUAGUUCUAAUAGUGUUAUGUUGAAUAUGUGCCUCUACCGCUCUUGAUGGCCUCUUUAGGACCAAAACGUAAACUAGGGUGAAAUGUUCUUCGCUUCUGUUACGCAGGCUCCAACACAACGUACAUAGCAUGACAAUAAUACAAACUGAUAGCUAAGACAUGAUAACAUUAAAGGAAAGGUCUGUUGUUACCCAUAAUCAGUGUAUCGUUCAGCCAAUCACUGGAUACAGUUACGAGUAAUAGAUAGCAGAUUCCACUUAGCAGACUUUGAUCCAAAGCAUCUAACAAUACAGUGAGUGAUACUGUACAGGUUUCAUAUGUGUAUGUGAUCCUUGCGGGAAUUGCACCCUCAUACCAACUGAGCCACAGACAGUAUGAUGAGGAUGUAAGAAUAUACUCAUAGGCUAGUCGGAAUAAAGACUCACAAGCUAUGCACAUUCAUACUUAUUCACUAUUCUCACUCUAUUCCCACUCUAUUCUUACACUGUUCCCACUAUUCCCACUCCCACUCUAUUCCCACUCUGUUCCCUCUUUCCAGGAUCAACUUUCCAAUGGCGGUGGCCCUGCUUCCAUUGGAGUCAAUGUUGACUCUCUCCCUCUUUGGGGUCCUGAACCAGAAUGCCAGUGGCUCCCCAGACUCCAACAAACAGCGCAAGGGACCAGAAGUACUGGGCAAAGUCUCCCUGCCCCUAUUUGACUUCCGACGGUGAUACACAACACAUUUAGUAGUGUGGUUAACUGUGCAAUUGCUGUUUGUGUGUUUGCUGUGUUGUAUGGCAUUCCAAGAGUGUAUUUCAAGAGUUAAUUGUGUAAUAGCUGUCUAUUGAGAAUUCAGAAUGUUGGGGUGCUUUGUGUGCGUGUAGCUAUGUAUGUUAAUACUCAGAUGUGUGUUUUUCAGGGUGCUGGCUAGGGGAACCAAGCUGCUGUGUCUGUGGACCUCUCCUCAGGCUGCCUCUGCUGCAGCCGGGAGCCGGAGGAAGAACCUGGCCGAGAGGAUCAUACUGCAGGUGACUACACACACAACUCUAUAUACAGUAAUACUGUACCCAUAGAAAAUUACUAGAGCUGACUUUACCGUUCGAGUCAAUGUUCUGCAAUUUUCUUAUGUAUAGGUCCUGUUCAAAUGCAAAUCUUCCCUCCCUUUUUCAAAGCAGUCAGUGAUUCAACACAAUUGGACAGGUGAAGCAAGCACCUGUUCAAUCAUGUUAGGUCCGUUUUUACCUCAAGCAAAUUGAAGGAAUGGAAGUACUUCAAACAGGACCCAAAGUCUCUCACUCACUUCCCUAUCUCAAACACAUUUCCCCUUUUGUGGUGACCCAAUGUGUGUGUACCCAUGCGAGUUUGUAUGUGUGUGUCUGCCUAACCAUUCCAUGACCUCUGACCCCCCCCCCCCCCCCCCCCCCCCCCUCUCCAGGUCGACUUCCCCAGCCCAAUGGUGGACGUGCUGUACGUGGGGCCCCAGGAGAGCCCCUGCCCCGACCCCAACACCCUGGAGGAGCUGGACCCUGACCUGCGCCGCCGGGUGGAGAAACUUUGCAGCCGAGCCUCCACCUUCGGGUACUGUGUCUGUUGUCAUGCGCUGACACUAGCUGCCAUGACGGUUUAUGACAACUGCCAUGUCAUCAUUAGGAUCCUGUUAUGUAGGGCCUUAUGAAGAAAGGUUCCUAACAGUUUGUGUCAUAACUGUGUUAUGUCUGCUGUCAUAAGCUGAUACCAGCUGCCAUGAUGACAACUAUUGUCAUUAUUAUAAUGGUGUUAUGUGUAGGGCCUUAUGAACGAAGUUUCAAAACUUCAUCCCCAAAUGACUCUCCAGUCCUCCCAGACCAUAGAUAUAUGUCUGUUCUCAUUCCAUUAUCUGUUCCCCCAGACGUUUAACUGUGGGCAUAUAAAUUCCACUUAAAACCACCCCAGGCUGCCGGCCAGAUCCAUUACCCUUUUCCAGCCUCCACAGAGAGCAAUUUCUUCUAAAGCGCUAAUCCCUUUUACUUUCUCUGAGCUUUCUCUCAUUUACUACGAUUUUCUUCUUUUGCCUUCUGUUUUGUCAGGGUGUAUUUCAGAGUCCUAAAGAUUAUCUUAGAACAAGACUGUAGCUAACCUGAAAGGCUGUCCACGGGCAUAGUCUGUAGAUUAAGGUUUCCCAAACGCUGUCCUGGGGCCACCCCUGGGUGCACGUUUUGGUUUUUGCCCUAGCACUACACAGCUGAUUAAAAUAACCAACUCAUCAUCAAGCUUUGAUUAUUUGAAUCGGCUGUGUAGUGAUAGGCCAAAAACCAAAACGUGGCACCCAGAGGGGGCCCCAGGAUCUGUGCAGUAAUAUGUCAUCAGAGGGGAUGAGCAUUAUACGAGCUGUUCGUGGGAUUUGUGGCGAGAGAGUGCUGCACUGCUGUCUAUCGUAUAGCGUUCAUUCAUAGUGUUCAUUACUACACCGUAGCAAAACGUUUUGCAAUGGAAAACAAAUACAAGCGUUUCUUUCUGGUCAAGUAUAGAUAGUACCAACCCAUUUGACUUUGUUUCAGACCCUUUCUUUCGUUUCAUGCCUAACUGAACAUGACCCAGAUGUUGAUGACCAUAAGUUACAUAUAGAAUCUGAAUAAAAUGGUUAAUUAUAGGGAUCUCUGUUGUGAGAACCCUGUCAGCUGUAGUAGUGGUCUAUGUUCUGACUCACCAUAUCACCCCUCUCUCUCCUCCUCCCUCCCACUCCCAGGUUGACGAGGGCCGACCGUCAGCUGCUGUGGGACCAGCGGCACCACUGCCGGGCUCACACCAACAGCCUGCCCAAGGUGCUGGCCAGCUCCCCCAGCUGGGACUGGGGCAGCAUGGCUGAGAUCCACUCCCUCCUCCACCACUGGCCCUCUCUCCAGCCCGUCUGUGCCCUGGAACUGCUCGACUCUAAGUACGUGUGGUGUAUACACACACACACACACACACACACAGAGGCAGACACACACACACACACACACACACACACACACACACACACACACACACACACACACACAGAGGCAGACACACACACACACACACCCCCCUUGAGUUUGAAUGUGCAAUGCUAGAGUUUAAGCUGUGGUCAAUAGAAACCUGCCGUAGAUAAGUCGUAUGUGUAAAGUGGGAGGUGUGCGAGUUAAUAUUACGUGAGUAUGUAGGUUAAAGGUCGCACUCAAGUUUGACCUGUCUGUCUCUGUCUUUGUCCCUGUCCUGCAGGUUUGCUGACACAGAGGUGAGGAGUGUGGCUGUCAGCUGGAUCGAGUCCAGCAGUGAUGACGAGUUGGCCGACUACCUGCCUCAGCUAGUGCAGGUAAACAGUCUGUAGUGUACACACACACACACACACACACACAGGUAAACAGUUUGUUAGUGACCCUGAAUGCUUUUCUCACCCACUUAUCCUUUUCCAUGUCCUUGUCGCUCUCUCAGGCGCUGAAGUUUGAGUGUCACCUGAAGAAUGCCCUGGUGAUAUUCCUGCUGUCCAGAGCACAGGGCAACGUCAGCAUCACCCUUUACCUGUACUGGUGAGUCUUUACCAGGGCCUAAAAUGAACACCAACCAAUUCUAUUUAUUAUUAUUAUUAUAUUUUUUUUUUUUCAAGUUCUCAUUUACAACUGCGACCUGGCCAAGAUAAAGCAAAGUAGUGCGAUUAAAAACAACAACAGAGUUACAUAUGGGGUAAACAAAACAUGAAGUCAAAAAUACAACAGAAAAUAUCUAUACAGUGUGUGCGAAUGUAAUAAAUUAUGGAGGUAAGGCAAUAAAUAGGCCAUAGUGCAAAAUAGUUACAAUUUCAUAUUAACACUGGAAUGAUAGAUGUUCAAAAGAUGAUGUGCAAAUAGAGAUACUGGGGUGCAAAUUAGCAAAAUAAAUAACAAUAUGAGGUAGUUGGAUGGGCUAAUUACAGAUGGGCUGUGUACAGGUGCAGUUAUUGGUAAGCUGCUCUGACAACUGACGCCUAUAGUUAGUGAGGGAGAUAAGAGUCUCCAGCUUCAGAGAUUUUUUGCAGUUCGUUCCAGUCAUUGGCAGCAGAGAACUGGAAGGAAUGGCGGCCAAAGGAGGUGUUGGCUUUGGGGAUGACCAGUGAGAUAUACCUGCUGGAGCGCAGACUACGGGUGGGUGUUGCUAUGGUGACCAGUGAGCUAAGAUAAGACAGGGAUUUGCCUAGCAGUGAUCUAUAGAUGACCUGGAGCCAGUUUGGCAACAAAUAUGUAGUGAGGGCCAGCCAACAAGAGCGUACAGGUCAUAAUGGUGGGUAGUAUAUGGGGCUUUGGUGACAAAACGGAUGGCACUGUGAUAGACUACAUCCAAUUUGCUGAGUAGAGUGUUGGAGGCUAUUUUGUAAAUGACAUCGCCGAAGUCAAGGAUCGGUAGGAUAGUCAGUUUUACGAGGGCAUGUUUGGCAGCAUGAGUGAAGGAGGCUUUGUUGCGAAAUAGGAAGCCGAUUCUAGAUCUAACUUUUGAUUGGAGAUGCUCAAUGUGAGUCUGGAAGGAGAGUUUACAGUCUAACCAGACACCUAGGUAUUUGUAGUUGUCCACAUACUCUAGGUCAGACCCACCGAGAGUAGUGAUUCUAGUCGGGUGGGCGGGUGCAAGCAGCGUUCGGUUGAAGAGCAUGCAUUUAGUUUUACUAGUGUUUAAGAGCAGUUGGAGGCUACGGAAGGAGUGUUGUAUGGCGUUGAAGCUCGUUUGGAGGUUUGUUAACACAGUGUCCAAUGAAGGGCCAGAUGUAUACAAAAUGGUGUUGUCCGCAUAGAGGUGGAUCCGAGCAACAUCAUUGAUAUACACAGAGAAUAGAGUCGGCCCGAGAAUUGAACCCUGUGGCACCCCCACAGAGACUGCCAGAGGUCCAGACAACAGGCCCUCCGAUUUGACACAUUGAACUCUAUCUGAGAAGUAGUUUGUGAACCAGGCGAGGCAGUCAUUUGAGAAACCAAGGCUAUUUAGUCUGCCAAUAAGAAUGCGGUGGUUGACAGUCGAAAGCCUUGGUCAGGUCGAUGAAGACGGCUGCGCAGUACUGUCUUUUAUUGAUCGUGGUUAUAAUAUCGUUUAGGACCUUGAGCGUGGCUGAGGUGCACCCAUGACCAGCUCGGAAACCGGAUUGCAUAGCGGAGAAGGUACGGUGGGAUUCGAAAUGGUCGGUGAUCUGUUUGUUAACUUGGCUUUCAAAAACGUAUAGGUCUGUAACAGUUUGGAUCUAAAGUGUCACUCCCUUUGAAGAGGGGGAUGACCGCGGCAGCUUUCCAAUCUCUGGGGAUCUCAGACGUUACUAAAGAGAGGUUGAACAGGCUAGUAAUAGGGGUUGCGACAAUUUCGGCGGCUAAUUUUAGAAAGAAAGGGUCCAGAUUGUCUAGCCCAGCUGAUUUGUAGGGGUCCAGAUUUGUCAGCUCUUUCAGAACAUCAGCUGUCUGAAUUUGUGUAAAGGAGAAGCAUGGGCAAGUUGCAGCGGAGGGUGCAGAGCCGGGGUAGUGGUAGCCAGGUGGAAAGCAUGGCCAGCCGUAGCAAAAUGCUUGUUGAAAUUCUCGAUUAUUGUAGAUUUAUCGGUGGUGACAGUGUUUCCUAGCCUCAGUGUAGUGGGCAGUUGGGAGGAGGUGCUCUUAUGGACUUUACAGUGUCCCAAAACUUUUUGGAGUUAGUGCUACAGGAUGCAAAUUUAUGUUUGAAAAAGCUAGCCUUUGCUUUCCUAAAUGAUUGUGUAUAUUGGUUCCUGACUUCCCUGAAAAGUUGCAUAUCGCGGGGGCUGUUCGAUGCUAAUGCAGUACGCCACAGGAUGUUUUUUGUGCUGGUCAAGGGCAGUCAAGUCUGAGGAGAACCAGGGGCUAUAUCUGUUCUUAGUUCAGAAUUUUUUGAAUGGGGCAUGCUUAUUUAAGAUUGCGUGUAGAAUUUGGCAUUGGCGGGUAAGAAUGUAUAAUUCACCAGCCACGUUGGCAGGUGGCCACACUCCGGGAUAUACAGUGCAAGCAUUUCACAAAAAUAGUUAAUUCAAGUAAGUGAAAGUUGUGAUUUAUAGCUAAAUAAUUGCUGCAGUAGCUGUUUUCAAAGUAUUUCUGCCGUUUUGUUUCAUAUCUGGUAAUGCAUAAAGAAAUCUGAAUCCUAACGUUAUAGCUAUCCCACCGUGCGAAGCAACACUGCCUGUCUGAGUGGCUGUGAGCACUGUGAGUGAAGUGCUGAAAGAUUGUUUUUAGAAGCAAUGCACACAGGCAUAAUAGUUGGUCAAAUUUACUCAAGUGAGACUUUGUCCUCGUGUUUCUUGGCUAUUUACAUUGUUUUGUUCACAAGCUAGGUUGCUUUUCAAUGUUUGAGUUUGCUUCCACUGCUAGCAAAAAGUAACUGUAGGCCUCUACUAGUGAGAUUCUUUCAGACACAUUGACAACUGGAGUGGCACUGUUACCAAGGUAACCUUAAAGGGGCAGCUCAACAUUCUUGUCUGUGAUACUUUGGUUAAAAGACUCAGAGUAUUAAAUUAAAUCGGGCAAUAUACCUCAUAACUUCUUACUAGUAAUACAUUUGUUGUUUUAGAAGCAUUAAGCAUGCUUAUCCAUUUAUAUUUGUUUCUUUGUGUAAAUAUGGCUUAACAAAUAUUUUGGCUGGUAAAACAAUCAGAGUGACUGGUAGAUUUUUUUAUCUCCCUGCCGCAGUGGCUGAUAUACAAAAAAGUUUGUUUUAGGCCAUGGUCUCCACCCACUGAGGAAACUAGUAGUAUAGCAUAUAGUAUAAAGCAGGGAUCAUCAACUAGAUUCAGCCACGGGCCGAUUCUUUUCUUGAGCGGAUGGUCAGUGGGCCGGAACAUUAUUACAAAUAAUUUGUAGACUGCAAAUUGACCGCAAGAGGCCCAAACAUAUAUAACAUUUGACUAAAACAUAAUCAUUUCAAACCUUGCUUACAUUUGUAUACAAUUACAUAUAGUGCAUUCGGAAAGUAUUCAGACCCCUUGACUUUUUCCACAUUUUGUUACGUUACAGCCUUAUUCUAAAAUUGAUUAAAUAAUAGUUUCUUAUCUACACACAAUGAUGACAAAGUGAAAACAGGUUUUUAAACGUUUAAACAGACUUGAACCCGUUCGAACAUCUCUGGAGAGACCUGAAAAUAGCUGUGCAGCAACGCUCCCCAUCCAAUCUGACAGAGCUUGAGAGGAUCUGCAGAGAGGAAUGUGAGAAACUCCCCAAAUACAGGUGUGCCAAGCUUGUAGCGUCAUACCCAAGAAGACUCAAGGCUGUAAUCGCUGCCAAAGGUGCUUCAACAAAGUACUGAGUAAAGGGUCUGAAUACUUAUGUAAAUGUGAUAUUUCUGUUUUUUAUUUUUAAUACAUUUGCAAACAUUUCUACAAACCUGUUUUUGCUUUGUCAUUAUGGGGUAUUGUGUGUAGAUUGAUGAGGGGGGGAAAAUAAAAUAAAAUUAAGAAUAAGGCUGUAACGUAACAAAAUGUGGAAAAAGUCAAGGGGUCUGAAUACUUUCCGAAUGCACUGUACAUGUCAGUACAUACACACAACAAGUAGGUCACAUGGGAGAGAGGCAUUGUGCCAUGAGGUGUUGCUUUAUUUGUUUUUUGAAACCAGGUUUGCUGUUCACUUGCGCUAUAUAAGAUGAAAGGGAGUUCCAUGCACUCAUGGCUCUGUAUAAUACUGUACUAUACUCCUCUCUCUCUCCCCACCAGGCUACUGAGGGAUGCGGUGCAGGACCCAGCGUUUGGCCGGAGGUACGACCAGGUGCUGGGGGCCCUGCUUUGUCUGUGUGGGGCCGGCCUUAGGGCCGAGCUGGACAAACAGACCCGCCUUGUCACUCUGCUGGGGGCGCUGGCCGAGAAGGUCCGGCAGGCCGGGGGCUCCACACGACAGGUGAGAGGGCCAGGAGGCGUGCGCACACACACCAACCGACAGAAACACACACACACACUACUAGAACACUAUCUACUAUACCUCAGGGAGCCUCUAUAAGGGCUUGAUAACACUUUAUUUUACGGUCUGCUGUUAAUCGUGUAUUUAGUUAUGGUCUGGAUGCUUUGUUUAACUACUUUUGUUAAAUAUGGUACCAGUUAUUUACCAAUUGUGUUUAAGUGCCCAUGUUUUACGUCAUAAUUUCAACCGUAAUGGCUUGACAUUAACUCAACUAUUUGUGUGUGUCCAGAUGGUGCUCCAGGAGGGUCUGGAGAGGGUGCAGUCGUUCUUCCAGAGGAACAGCUGCAGACUGCCCCUCAGCCCCAGCCUGGAGGCCAAACAACUCAACAUCAAGGUAAGAGUAUUGUCCACCAAUGGAAACAGUAACCCAAAGCAUGACCAGCCUGGUCCCAGGUCUGUUUCUGCCGUCUUGCCAACUCCUAUGGUCAUUGUCAUACAAGACGGCACAAACAGACCUGGGACCAGCAAAAAGUUUGACCAUACACUCAGAAAAUGCCCAUUUGACCAUGGAUCACUUGUUUGGUCCAUCACUUACUGGAGGCUGACAUGUCAACUGAUCAGCAUAAUUUCACUAUGACCCAUACUGUAGUUGUCCUAGUGACUUAUCAAGCCGUCAUAACCUCCACCAUCCAAAUGCUGACUGGCACUUAAUCUACAGGUCACUUCAGUUACUUCCAAGUUACCCCCACAACCUCUUGUAAGAUGCCAUUGACUAGAAUACAAUAUCUGGGCCUGUACAUCUACAGUAAGUGUGUAGGAAUGUAGGAAUGCUCUUCCCUGGACUUGCCUGCUCCCCUUUGCCUUUCUGACUGAGCGUUGUGCUCGGUCCGCACACCCCCGCACGUUUCUCAGAGCUGGGCAAGUGUGUGUGGGGGUGUGACUGCGUGUGUGCGUUUGGGUCCCGUAUGUUUUUGUUUAUGAGAUGAUCUGUAUGUGUUGUUAGAGUGUGUGUUGGGCUCUCACCGGUGUAUCUGACCCCAAUCUCGUACCAGACAAGCCAAGGCGAUGCCCCCUCAACUGAAUAAAAUCCCCCCUUUGUCUCCCAAAAGCAGGCCAGUGCUCCCAUGGCCAAGGCAGGCUUGUAUAACUAACCACAGGCUCUCUCUCUCUUUCUCUCUCUCUCUCUUUCUCUCUCUUUCACUCUCCUCUCUCUCUCUCUCUUUCACUCUCCUCUCUCUCCUUCACUCUCCUCUCUCUCGCUCUCUCUCUCUCUCCUUCACUCUCCUCGCUCUCGCACUUCUCCUCUCUCUCUCCUUUUCGCUCAUUUUCUCUCUCUCUCUCUCCUUCACAUUCUCUCACUCCUUCACUCUCUCUCUCCUUCACUCUCCUCUCUCUCUCUCCUUCACUCGCCUCUCUCUCUUUCAUCUCCUCCUCCUCUCUCUUUUUGCCCUCUCUCUCUCUCCUCACUCUUCCUCUCUCUCUUUGCCCUCUCUCUCUCUCCUUCACUCUCCUCUACUUCGUCUCUCUCUCUUUUGUCCCUUCAUCCUCUCUCUCUCCUUUGCUCUCCCUCUCUCUCUCUCUUUUGCUCCUCUCUCUCUUCUCACUCUCCUCUCUCUCUCCUUCACUCUCUACUCUCUCUUCACUCUCUCUUCCUUCACUCUCUCUCUUCUCUCUUUUCUCUCCUCUCUCUCUCUUCUCUUCCUCUCUCUCUCUUUGCUCCUCUCUCUCCUCUCUCUCUCUCUCUCUCUCUCUCCUUCACAUCUCUCUCUCUCUCUCCUUCGCUCUCCCUCUUCCUCAUCUCUCUUUUGCUCUCUUGCUCCUACUUCGCUUCACCAUCUCUCUCACACUUUUGCUCUCUCUCUCUCUCUCGCUUUCGCUCUCUCCUUCACACUCUCUCUCUCUCUCUUUGCCUCUCUCUCUACUCUGGGUACAGUCAUGCUCCUUCUUCAACUCCAAUGCGGUGCCCCUGAAGCUGGCCCUGGUGAACGCCGACCCUCUGGGAGAGGAGAUCAAUGUCAUGUUCAAGGUGGGAGGCUGGGUUGGGAGUGCAGUUUUGCCUUUUAAAUCAUAAUAAAUAAGAGGGGGGACCUGAUUCUUGAUCAGCACUCCUAGACAGAUUAGACUACUAGAUUAUAUUUCUAUGACGCCAGACUCAAUGAAAUAUGCACUUCCAAGUUCCAUGAACAAGCAAUUUAUCAGAAAUUUAAUACUUAGUAGUCCUUGACAUGUCACUGGAAAUAUCUCGAGACAUUCUCUGCAUGAAUUACUGCACAGUUAGCCAUUGCUUUGGGAGAAUUUGAACCAUGGAGGAAUGCAGGAAUACAUUCUAAAGAGUUCCCUUGGUUUUGAUUUGCUGCUGUAACAGUGUCAAUUUUUUCCACAUAGAAAAGAGAUAAGUUUCUACGCUCGUUUGCAUCUUGUCUUUGAUUUCAGAGUUAAAACAGCGCCACCUGGUGGCAUGAGAAGAACACAACAUCAGGCCCUGUCAAUAGAAUGUGUAGGGGAGUCUUUGCUUGACCAGAAAUUCACACACACAUGGAAAUGAAACGCUGAAUGAGAAUAUAAGACUACGUCUCUGUGGAUGGUAACUUGGGGGCGGCAGGUAGCCUAACGGUUAGAGCGUUGGACUAGUAACUGAAAAGUCCCUAGUUCGAAUCCCCGAGCCGACAAGGUGAAAAUCUGUUGACGUGCCCUUGAGCAAGUCACUUAACCCUAAUUGCUCCAGGGUCACGUUGAUAAUGGCAGACCCUGGCUGCAACAAACACAUUUCCAAUUCACACCUGCGUAUUAAUACGUAUUAAUACACGCUUGUACAUGUGGGGAAAUAGAACAAAUAUAAGCACCCACCUAAUUAUAGAUAUUAUAACUAACGUGAUUCCUGGUCUGUGUGUGUCUGCCUGCGUGUGUGUGUGCGUACAUGUGUGUGUGCUUCUGCGUGCGUGUGUGUGUGUGUGUUAGGUGGGAGAGGACCUGAGGCAGGACAUGCUGGCUCUGCAGAUGAUCCGGAUCAUGGACCGCAUCUGGCUUCAGGAGGGACUGGACCUGCGCAUAGUCAACUUCAAAUGCAUCUCCACUGGCAAAGACAAAGGUACUAAUACACAUUAGAAUUCACAUUCCACUAAAUAUCACCAGUUAAAUCAUUCUGAUUUGAAUGAGAAUAAUUAUUUACCCCAUGACAAAACAACCUCUCUUGCUCUGAUUUCUAACAUUCUGGCCAUUUAAAAAGCUAGCUUCAAAGUGGAUGCACCUGCACCGUCAGGGGCAUAUUUAAAUAUUGUUAGAUUGCUUAUGGACUUGGUGCUUGGCGUCACCCUGCGUCACAUUACAUCCGGUUUACUAAUUGUAAUUCAAUACGUACUCAUGCCGUGUCUGUAGUUGUGACAUAGUGUGUGUGUUGUGGUGCUGUGUGUGUGUUGCCAGGUAUGGUGGAGCUGGUGCCGUCCUCAGACACCCUGAGGAAGAUCCAGGUGGAGUACGGCGUGACGGGCUCCUUCAAGGACAAGCCCCUGGCAGAGUGGCUCCGCAAGUACAACCCUGCUGAGGACGAGUACGAGAAGGUAACUGUCUGACCCCUAAACUUGACCCUCUAACCUUUGAACCCAGACUCCGACUGAGGAUGAGGUUGAGAAGAUGAACAAGUGACGAUAAUGAUAUCUUCUGUUUAUUUCUUGUCUGCCUGCAAUGUGCAUAUGUAACACAGAGAUUUUUCCUUUAUCAAUGCACUAUUUUGCUGAAAAGUCCCAAUUUCAGUAUGCAGAUCUCUAGUGAGGUUUCAGCCUAUUAGAGGGAGAACCAGAUACUGUAGGACUUUUUACACUGAGCUGAAUCGAGCCAAGUCAAACUGAGCUGGCCUGGUUACACAUCCACCAUAGUUGCUGGAACCUUGCUGAAGAGGACAAUGUUAAAAGAAAAUAUCCAAGCCAGCGCGGUUUGGGACGGCACGAUAGUGUGAAAAUGGUAUAUGUGUCUCACUCCUCCUCUCUGCCCCUCUAGGCGUCGGAGAACUUCAUCUACUCGUGUGCGGGCUGCUGCGUGGCCACCUACGUGCUGGGUAUCUGCGACCGCCACAACGACAACAUCAUGCUGCGCUCCACCGGUCACAUGUUCCACAUCGACUUCGGCAAGUUCCUGGGCCACGCCCAGAUGUUCGGCAGCUUUAGAAGGUAAGCGUGUGGUCUAGCGGUCUAAGCCGCUGCCUCCAGUGCUAGCAUGGGUUCAAAUCUGACCCACAGCACACUUUCUCCCCUACCUUUACUGUUUCUCGCUAACCUAUUCCCUCCCCUUAGUAAAAAUCAAGAGUGUGUCUAGUACAAGUACUAGGGGUAAUGGUUUAUUGACCUGUAACGAGAACUUGUAAAGAUACCAUUUGUGCUCUGUGCUUGCACUCAAGAUGAGGCCUGAGUGUCUGCUGGUUUUUGUUCUGUCUUUCAAAUCAGUGUUCUGUGAAACCAGGUGUAUGCACUUGUGUGUAAUGACGUACCAGCCAAAAGAGAAAGUAGGUUGCAUGUUGUGUUCAGGUUGUGUGAUCCAUGCGCCACACAACGGGUCAUGUAGCCUAGUUACACCAGACCGAAGGCUACGCUCCCUAUUUAACCAGGCUACAUGACACCUGCCUUGUUGUUUUCUAUUCUCCAUCUCCCGUGUUUUAGUAAGCUUUUCUCUUUCUCUCUCCCGCACCUCCCUCCCCUUCUCCCAGGGACCGUGCUCCAUUCGUGCUGACCUCUGACAUGGCCUACGUGAUCAACGGGGGAGAGAGGCCCACUAGUCGAUUCCAGCUGUUUGUGGACCUGUGCUCCCAGGCCUACAACCUCAUCCGCAAGCAUUCAGGCCUCUUCCUCAACCUGCUCUCACUGGUAAGAUAAGGCUCUGCUGUCAAGUCCUAGCCUGGUUCCAGAUCAGUUUGUGACCAUAGGAGUUGGCAAGACAGCACAAACAGUUCACAUGGAACAACUGCAUUGGCCUUUUAUAGGAAUUCACCUGACAUUUCUUAAGCUUGGCAUCACAAAUAAUUCACAAAAAUGGAGACAAAAGUGCAGAGGAACACUGUCACAAGGAGUGUUUUUAAAAGUUUUUUUCAAAAGUGUGAUGUCAACCUGAUAAGUUACUUUGGUGUUGCCUUGGUAAUGCCCUUUGUUAGGCCCUGGUGAUGGCCCUCUUCUUGGUCUAAGGAAUUUCUUUAGUGUACCGUAGUGAUUCAAAUGCUCUAUUCUAGCCUCAUAAAUCAAACCUCCCUUGCUACAGUAUGACCUUCCUCAAGUCAUUGGUUUCUAAUAGUCUUUUGUUAGUAAAUCAUUUCGUUGUACAUUGUAAUGGAUUGUAAUUGCGUCUUAGACUGUAUGCCUUUCUCUGUAUUUGUGUGCGAUUUGACAGAUGACUCUGUCAGGCCUACCAGAGCUUACGGGAGCUCAGGACCUUAAGUACGUGUAUGACGCGCUACAGCCCCAGACCACCGACGCAGAAGCCACCAUCUUCUUCACCAGGUACUGUCUGUAAAGUCUUUGUUUUUCACAAAGUCUUUGAUGAAUAGCUUUAAACAUGGUGCACCUCUCCACUUUGAGCCUCUGCCACAGUCGUUAUUCAGCCUCACAAUGCAAAAUGCACAAGAAUAUAUCCUCAAGUCUAUGUUUAGUAGCUUGAAUGGCUUUCGCUUGAACGACUGAUGUGAAAAGGCAACCAGUAGCCGCAAAUAAAGUAUAACUUUGAUUUAUUGUUCAAUUUCAGCAGUGACAAUUAAUGCAGCACUAUACUUGAUUUGCAACUGCUGACUGCCCCACAAUGCCCAGCUGGUGGCAAAACAAUGUCAUCACAUUUAUGUCAUUUAGCAGACGCUCUUAUCCAGAGCGACUUACAGUUAGUGCAUACAUUAUUCUUUUAUUUUUAUUUUCAUACUGGCCCCCCGUGGGAAUCAAACCCACAACCCUGGCGUUGCAAACGCCAUGCUCUACCAACUGAGCUACCUCCCUGCCGGUCAUUCCCUCCCCUACCCUGGACGACGCUGGGCCAAUUGUGCGCCGCCCCAUUGGUCUCCCGGUUGCGGCCGGCUACAGCAGAGCCUGGAUUCGAACCAGGAUCUCUAGUGGCACAGCUAGCACUGCGAUGCAGUGCCUUAGACCACUGCGCCACUCGGGAGAUGAACACAAUAGAACUCCCAGUUACAAUCCUAAAACAUUCAUGUGAAAUGCUACUAUUUAUCCAUUUCAUCUUCCAUUUACCUCCAGUCUGUCUUCAGUCAUUUUCACAGAGGGUUCGCAGGAAACACGGCUAAUAGUGUAUCAUUCAAAAACAUACUCCCUUUGUCUGAAGUUGAACCUCCCCUCCCUCCAUCCAGGUUGAUUGAGACCAGCCUGGGCAGCGUGGCCACCAAGUUCAACUUCUUCAUCCACAACCUGGCCCAGAUGCGCUUCUCAGGCCUGCCGUCCAACGAUGAGCCCAUCCUCUCCUUCUCCCCCAAGACCUACACACUGAAGCAGGAGGGACGCAUCCGCGACGCCUCCAUCUUCUCCUUCCAGAAGAGAUACAACCCCGAUAAGCACUACGUGAGUCUCUAACCAUAGAUGUACAUAUAUUGACGUGUUUGUAUGAAUUGGUCUCACUGCUGCUGCACUGACUGGGCAAAGCUGCCCUAUAGGGAUGUUAGAAGAACACAUAUCUGGCAUAUAAAGAGUUUGCAUAAAUCUACAUAUAGAGAAGUCAUAACAUGAAUGGAAUUCUAAACAAGAUAAGCUAAAACCCUAUUUUUUCCUCCCCCUCUUCCUCCUCCUCCUGUAGACGUAUGUGGUGAGACUCCUGCGAGAGGGGCAGAGCGAGGCCCAGUUUCUCUUACGCACCUUCGACGAGUUCCAGGAGCUCCACAACAAGCUGUGCAUCCUCUUCCCUCUGUGGAAGCUGCCAGGGUACGCACACACGUGCACACGCACAUUUGGGGAGAACCCACAUUUUUAGGUAUUGCUCAUAGUACCUGAAGCUGUCUGGAAGGGGCAUAGCAGCACCCUGUUCCCAAAAACACUUUGUAAAGUUUGAAAGUCUGCCAUAUUUUACCUUAGAAAGCCAAAGGUAACCUCAGAUUUUACAACAAUAGUAAUAAUAUUGAUAACUAUUUGCAUUUUUUUGUGCUUUAACUCAAAGUGCCUUAUAUUGUAUGUGAGUAAUGCUUCCCUUCCACCCCCAAAGUGUAGCCCCCACUUCUACCACAGAUGCACCCCUUCUUGUUAGUGCACUAAACUUUCCCCGUCCCCUCCCUAGGUUCCCUAAUAGGAUGGUGCUGGGCCGUACACACAUAAAGGACGUGGCGGCCAAGAGGAAGAUUGAGCUCAACAGCUAUGUCCACAACCUGUUGAGGAGUUCCACUGAGGUCACCCAGGUGAUUGACACACACACAGUUAUAAAAGCCCAACACACUCCAUUUUCACGAAUUAUUUUGGUCACAUUUUAGGGUAGUCCAGAUAGUCCAUCUGUAUGUGCUCUACAGAUUGUCAUACUAUCAACAAAUUAUCUGUUGAUAAGCAAUUGCUUGCUAACGUUAGAGUUAGGAUGAGGGUUAAGGUGGGUUAGAGUUAGUAGAUAGUUAGUUGAAAGGUUACUGAUAGUCUGCAGAGCAUCUACAGAUGGACUAUCCAAAUAAAGUGUUACCAAUAUUUUCUCUCUUUCUCUAUUAGUGUGAUCUUAUCUAUACAUUCUUCCAUCCGAUCGCGAGAGACGACAAGACGGAAGGAUUCGAGGCGAUAGCCAAAGCACCAGGUAAAUCUCAGUCCUACUGUGUAUACAGUGAGGGAAAAAAGUAUUUGAUCCCCUGCUGAUUUUGUAUGUUUGCCCACUGACAAAGAAAUGAUCAGUCUAAUUUUAAUGGUAGGUUUAUUUGAACAGUGAGAGACAGAAUAACAACAACAAAAUCCAGAAAAACGCAUGUCAAAAAUGUUAUAAAUUGAUUUGCAUUUUAAUGAGGGAAAUAAGUAUUUGACCCCCUCUCAAUCAGAAAGAUUUCUGGCUCCCAGGUGUCUUUUAUACAGGUAACGAGCUGAGAUUAGGAGCACACUCUUAAAGGGAGUGCUCCUAAUCUCAGCUUGUUACCUGUAUAAAAGACACCUGUUCACAGAAGCAAUCAAUCAAUCAGAUUCCAAACGUUCCACCAUGGCCAAGACCAAAAAGCUCUCCAAGGAUGUCAGGGACAAGAUUGUAGACCUACACAAGGCUGGAAUGGGCUACAAGACCAUCGCCAAGCAGCUUGGUGAGAAGGUGACAACAGUUGGUGCGAUUAUUCGCAAAUGGAAGAAACACAAAAUAACUGUCAAUCUCCCUCGGCCUGGGGCUCCAUGCAAGAUCUCACCUCGUGGAGUUGCAAUGAUCAUGAGAAUGGUGAGGAAUCAGCCCGGAACUACACGGGAGGAUCUUGUCAAUGAUCUCAAGGCAGCUGGGACCAUAGUCCCCAAGAAAACAAUUGGUAACACACUACGCCGUGAAGGACUGAAAUCCUGCAGCGCCCGCAAGGUCCCCCUGCUCAAGAAAGCACAUAUACAUGCCCGUCAGAAGUUUGCCAAUGAAAAUCUGAAUGAUUCAGAGGAGAACUGGGUGAAAGUGUUGUGGUCAGAUGAGACCAAAAUCGAGCUCUUUGGCAUCAACUCAACUCGUCGUGUUUGGAGGAGGAGGAAUGCUGCCUAUGACCCCAAGAACACCAUCCCCACCGUCAAACAUGGAGGUGGAAACGUUAUGCUUUGGGGGUGUUUUUCUGCUAAGGGGACAGGACAACUUCACCGCAUCAAAGGGACGAUGGACGGGGCCAUGUACCGUCAAAUCCUGGGUGAGAACCUCCUUCCCUCAGCCAGGGCAUUGAAAAUGGGUUGUGGAUGGGUAUUCCAGCAUGACAAUGACCCAAAACACACGGCCAAGGCAACAAAGGAGUUGCUCAAGAAGAAGCACAUUAAGGUCCUGGAGUGGCCUAGCCAGUCUCCAGACCUUAAUCCCAUAGAAAAUCUGUGGAGGGAGCUGAAGGUUCGAGUUGCCAAACGUCAGCCUCGAAACCUUAAUGACUUGGAGAAGAUCUGCAAAGAGGAGUUGGACAAAAUCCCUCCUGAGAUGUGUGCAAACCUGGUGGCCAACUACAAGAAACGUCUGACCUCUGUGAUUGCCAACAAGGGUUUUGCCACCAAGUACUAAGUCAAGUUUUGCAGAGUGGUCAAAUACUUAUUUCUAACAUUUUUGACAUGUGUUUUUCUUGAUUUUUUUGUUGUUAUUCUGUCUCUCACUGUUCAAAUGAACCUACCAUUAAAAUUAUAGACUGAUCAUGUCUUUGUCAGUGGGCAAACGUACAAAAUCAGCAGGGGAUCAAAUACUUUUUUCCCUCACUGUAUGUCAAAUCAAUUCAAAUGUUAUUUGUCACAUGCGCCAAAUACAACAGGUGUAGAUCUUACCGUGAAAUGCUUACUUACAAGCCCUUAACCAACAAUGCAGUUUUAAGAAAAAUUAGAGUUAAGAAAAUAUUUACUAAGGUAAAAAAAAAAGUUACCCAAUAAAAUAACAAUAACAAGGCCAUAUACAGGGGGUACCGGUACCGAGUCAAUGUGCGGGGGUACAGGUAGGUCGAGGUAAUUGAGGUAAUAAGUACAUGUAGGUAGCGGUAAAGUGACUAUGCAUAGAUAAAGUGAGUAGCAGCAGUAUUUUAAAAAAGGGAGGGUGGGGGGGUGGGGUCAAUACAAAAAUAGUCUGGGUAGCCAUUUCAUAUGUAUAGCCAUUGUCGUAGCUACAGUUUUGAAAGAGUGAUUUGUUCUGCAGAGGCGCCACCGUUGAGUCCCACCUCAGGCAGAGUAGAGGGGGAGGUGAAGCUGUCCGUGUCCUACAGGAACAGCACACUCUUCAUCAUGGUCAUGCACAUCCGAGACCUGGUGAGUAGGGUGGCUAACAGGGCCCAAUCCUAACUAGCGCACAACUCAAACUUUUGGCAGUAUAAUGAAUUGAUACCUUUAUCCUUAGCCCCACAUAUCUCAAGGGCCAUUUAUUUGCCUCUGAUGGGAUAAAUAAAGUUGUAUGGAAUUGAAUUAUGUAUGUGAAUCCUCAGUUUGGCCUUAGCUAAUGCUCCACUAAGCAUAUCCAUGUCCACCUGCCUGCUCAUAGGUAUCUGAGGAGGGGACAGACCCUAACCCUUAUGUGAAAACCUACCUGCUCCCAGACCCCCACAAAACCUCGAAGUGCAAAACAAAGAUAUCCAGGAAGACCAGGAACCCAACUUUCAAUGAAAUGGUGAGUGAAAUCAGUGUGGCAUGUGGGUCAUUUUCAUUAGGCCACCGUAGCAAAUUGUCAUAGCUAACGGCUUUGUGUCCUGACCGACUGUCACUUUGUAACUGUUCUCCUCAUCUGUCUUUGUGACUAAUGCAAGUUGCUGCUAACGCGUGUUAACUGCUGGCAACUCGUGUUAACUGCUCUGACUACCUCCUCCUCAGCUGGUGUACAGUGACUACAGCAAGGAGACCCUUGGGCUGCGGGAGCUGCAACUGAGCGUGCUUAGUGCCGAGUCGCUGAGAGAGAACUGCUAUCUGGGCGGCGUCACGCUCAAACUCAAAGACUUCGACCUCAGCAAGGAGACGGUCAAUUGGUACAAGCUGACCGCCGUGCCCUACUUCUAG